CAUGGAGAAAACUGAGUUCAUCUUUCUACUUCUUGCUACUUGUUUCCAUUUAACAACAUUGUUUCCAAUACCUUCAAAAGCAGAAGAUACCAUAACUCCACCACAAUUCAUCACUGGUAACCAAACACUAAUUUCACCUUCACAAAAUUUUGAACUUGGUUUCUUUACACCUAAAAAUUCCACUUACACUUAUCUUGGAAUAUGGUAUAAGCAAAUUCACAUAAAGAAUAUUGUUUGGGUUGCAAAUAGAGAUAAACCACUUCUUGAUCACAAUGGUACAUUAACAUUCAACAAUGAUGGAAAACUCAUUAUUCUUAACUACGGAGGAAGUGUUCUAUGGGCCUCAAAUUCAUCUGGACCGGCAAAAACUCCGGUAGCACAGCUUCUAGACACUGGAAACUUUGUCUUGAAGAACUUUGAAGAUGAAAACUCAGAAGAAAUUUUGUGGCAAAGUUUCGAUUAUCCUUCUAAUACAUUGUUACCAGGAAUGAAACUUGGUAGGAACUUCAAAACUGGUUUGAACAUUCAUUUAACUUCUUGGAAGAACAUUGAUAAUCCUUCUUCAGGUGAAUAUAGUUAUAGCGUUGAUCCACGUGGACUUCCUCAGCUUUUUCUUCAAAAGGGUAAGAAGAAAAUUUUCAGAAGUGGACCAUGGUAUGUGGAACAAUACAAAGGUGAUCCAGUUCUAAGGGAAAAUCCAAUUUUCAAACCGGUUUUUGUUUUUGAUUCUGAUGAAGUUUAUUACUCUUUUGAGACUAAAGACGACAUUGUUUCAAGAUUUGUGCUUAGUGAAUCUGGUUUAAUUCAGCAUUUCACAUGGAACGAUCAUCGUUCGAAUUGGUUUUCUGAGUUUAAUGUUCAAGGCGACCGAUGUGAUGAUUAUGGUAUUUGCGGUGCUUAUGGAACUUGUAACAUAAAAAACUCUCCAAUUUGCAAGUGUUUGAAUGGUUUUGAGCCAAGGAAUAUGCAUGAUUGGAAAAUGCUUGAUUGGUCUAGUGGAUGUGUUAGGGAAAAUUCAAAAGUUUGUAGAAAUGGCGAUGUAUUUAAGAAGUUUAUAGGAAUGAAACUACCAGAUUCUGUAGAGUUUCAUGUAAACUAUAGCAUUAACAUUGAUCAAUGUGAGGUAGAAUGCUCUAAGAAUUGUUCUUGUGUUGCUUAUGCAAAACUUGAUAUAAAUGCUAGUGGUAAUGGUUGUAUUGCUUGGUUUGGAGACUUAUUUGAUAUAAGGGAGGAUUCUGUGAAUGAACAAGAUUUCUUUGUAAGAGUUUCAGCUUCAGAACUAGAUUCAAAUGUUGAGAGAAACAAAAGGAAGAAACUGAUACUACUCUUUGUGAGUAUAUCAGUAGCCUCUACUAUUAUUACCUCAGCAUUGUGGUUGAUAAUUAAGAAAUGGAGAAGAAAUAGAGCCAAAGAGACUGGUAUUCGACUUAGUGUUGACACAAGUAAGAGUGAGUUUGAACUCCCAUUUUUUGAGAUUGCCAUUAUUGAAGCUGCAACAAGGAAUUUCUCUUUUUACAAUAAGAUUGGAGAAGGUGGAUUUGGUCCUGUAUACAAAGGCCAGCUUCCAUCUGGACAAGAAAUAGCAGUGAAAAGGCUCUCGGAGAAUUCUGGACAAGGCUUGCAAGAAUUCAAGAAUGAGGUCAUAUUCAUCUCACAACUUCAACAUCGAAAUCUCGUCAAGCUUCUUGGUUGUUGUAUUCAAGGAGAAGAUAAAAUGUUGGUCUAUGAAUAUAUGCCAAAUAGAAGCUUGGACUCUUUAUUAUUUGAUGAAACCAAGCGUUCUGCGCUUAGUUGGCAAAAGAGGCUAGACAUUAUUGACGGCAUUGCUAGGGGACUUGUCUAUCUUCAUAGAGAUUCAAGACUAAGAAUAAUUCAUAGAGAUCUAAAAGCAAGCAAUGUUCUUUUAGAUGGCGAAAUGAAUCCAAAAAUUUCUGACUUUGGAAUGGCAAGAAUGUUUGGUGGAGAUCAAACUGAAGAAAAGACCAAAAGGGUAGUUGGAACAUAUGGAUACAUGCCUCCAGAGUACGCAAUGGAUGGACAUUUCUCUUUCAAAUCUGAUGUUUAUAGCUUUGGAGUUUUACUUUUAGAGCUGUUGAGUGGCAAGAAAAACAGAGGAUUUUUUCACCCUGAUCACAAGUUGAAUCUCUUAGGCCAUGCAUGGAAGCUUUGGAACGAAGGUAAAGUCAUUGAGUUAAUGGAUCCAUUACUUGAGGAUCAAGUGUCUACCCCUGAAUCCAUUUUAAAGUGUAUUCAAAUAGGUCUUUUAUGUGUUCAACAACAUCCAGAAGAAAGACCAACAAUGUCAUCAGUGGUAUUGAUGUUGGAUGGUGAAAGUGUGUUGCUCCCAAAACCUAGAAGGCCAGGUUUGUAUUCAGAGAGGUGUUUCUUAGAGACAGAUUCAUCAUCACGUGGUAUGCUCAAUUCUGGUUCCAAUGACAUAACUGUUACCACAACUGUAGUAGAGGGUCGUUAUUUAGGUACUUGCCUCUCCACUACUUGUGCUAUAAAAAGCCUCUUAUUUAAUACAACAAUAAUAUACAUAUUUAGUAUUUGUUUGUGAAUAUUAUUGUAGGCUCUGGAUGAUGAGAAUGCAACUAUAAAUUUUCAAGCAAUGUUUCUAUAAGAAUAUAGCAAUAUGUUAGGCAUGUGAUUUCAAUUCUUUUACAAAAA